AUGAUUCCAGCAUAUGUUGCCGCUGCAUCUGCCCUUCUUCUCUUGUUGCAUUUAAUAACGCUAUCCAAGCCAGUCAAAAAGCUUUGGUCGCAUUUCAGGCCCCUUAAGACCGAGGAAGAACCCAGCAUUUUCUUCGACGAACCUACUAUAGCUGAUGGCUUUUUCUCUGAGGCUAAAGUAUUUAUUUCUCAACACGGUGGUUUGGUCAUUUUUGCAUACAAAUUUGCAAGAUUCAUUGGUUGUCUUGUGUUUUUGGGAUUGUCGUUGGCUACUUUCAUAUUAGAUGAACGUGAGGAGCACGCAACAGAAGCUAACGAGUUGCUUGGACGAAAGCAUCGCAAAGCCCGUCAUCCCGAUGGCUACAUUCCGUUUUCUCGCACUGAGUGGUUGCAAUUCGUCCUGUGCAUGACUGCUGUUAGUAAUUUGUGGCUCUCUGUUCGAUAUUCGCUCACGCUCUCUAGGCUUAUGCAUCCAUUCUCGGGCUUGUUUCAGUCACUACCAAACCCCGAUGGAGCAGGCUGGUGUCCACUCACCUGGCUACUCUUCUACCUUGCAGUCUUUGCGGUGUUUGCGUACCGGGAUCUGUGGCCUCUUCUUACAUUUAAUAAACAACCCAAAGACAUCAAGGAAGGGGGCUUGUUGUGGGCAAAAGUAGUUGUCCUUUUUUUGUCAAGCAUCGUAUUCCCUCUCGUGAGCCCGAGACAAUAUAUUCCAGUAGACCCUGCAAACCCUACUGAGAACCCUCAUCCCGAGCAAACUUCUUCUUGGCUGUCUAUGCCGCUGUAUACCUGGCUGGACCCUAUUGUCUUCAAGGCAUAUCGAGUUCCGCACUUGUCCCAUGAAGAACUUCCUCCGCUGGCCGACUAUGAUCAUUCUAGAAAUCUCAAAAAGAAGAGCUUCCCCCACAUUGACCCUUUCUCUGGCAAUCGGAGACGACAUAUCUUCUUCGGGCUUAUGAGAAUUUAUCGUGUUGAAUACACAAUUCUGUCUCUUAUGGUCGUUCUUCAGGUGCUGGCAAAACUAGCCGCCCCGGUUGGAAUUAAUCAAAUUCUGCUUUAUAUCGAAACGAAAGGCGAGGGUGCCGUGGUCCGUCCAUGGGUCUGGAUAUCUUGGCUGUUCUUUGGACCACUUGUCGGAUCCAUCGCAUGGCAAUGGUAUCUUUAUAUUGGGACACAUACACUCAUACGCAUAGAGGCUAUUCUCACACAACUGAUCUUCGAGCACGCGCUCCGAAUCCGAAUGAAGGCUGAGCUCCCUGAUGACGGCAAGACAUCUGGGGAGUCUACAGCACCAUCUACACCAGAUACCGCAUCUGUAGCUGGUUCUAGCACUGCCGCUGCGGACGAAAGCACGGAUGGCAGUGUCGAUGAGACGCUGCAGGCAAAUUCCGAGACCAUAUCGACAUCUUCCACGAAAAAAGGCAAGCAAAAGUCUCAGGAAGAACCGGAAAGUUCGUCCAAAACGCAUUCGAGCGCUGACAACCUUGUUGGGAAAAUCAACAAUCUUGUUACGACUGACUUGAGCAAUCUUAACGAUGGACGAGAUUUCCUCAUAGCCGGCAAGUCACAGGGAUCUCUAGCGGACAUGUGCUCUCUAACGCAUGUUUUCACAGUGCUGUACAUGCCACUGCAAGUAGGCAUGUGCAUCUGGUUGUUGUACGAAAUUCUUGGCUGGAGUGCCUUUGUCGGCCUGGGUGUUAUGCUCAUCUUGUUCCCUCUGCCUGGGUACGUUUCCCGGAAGAUUCAAAACGUGCAGACGGAGAAAAUGAAGAAGACGGAUGCCCGGGUCCAAACCGUUACCGAAACUAUGAAUGUUCUGCGCAUGAUCAAGCUUUUCGGAUGGGAAGAGAAAAUAGACAAGAGGAUCAGCGAGAAACGAGAAGUAGAACUUGUCUGGACAUGGAAGACGAAGAUAUUAGAACUGCUAAACAACAUCUUGAACUUCGUGAUUCCCCUGUUUACUAUGAUGGCUUGUUACUCGACCUUCACUCUCAUUAUGGGACAAAACCUAACUGCUUCAAAGGUUUUUUCGUCGAUGUCAAUCUUUGACAUCCUAAGAGACCAGCUCAGCACUGUAUUCUUCACCAUUCCAAGAAUUACCCAAGGCAAAGUUUCGAUGGACCGUAUCAACAGUUUCCUGAAUGAGACAGAAUUAUUGGAUGCCUACGCACAGCAGGAUGAGGACAGAGCCCAGCUCUUUGUCCAGCCAGAGGAUGAAUCUGACCUCAUUGGCUUCAGAGAUGCUGUCUUUGCCUGGUCCAAUGAAUCCGGCGGGUCGCUGACACCGUCGAAGCGCAAGUUCAGGCUUCGCAUCGAUGGCGAGGUGUACUUCCAACGCGGUGGUAUCAACCUUGUCGUCGGACCGACAGGUUCUGGGAAGACGUCAGUGCUUAUGGCUUUGCUUGGCGAGAUGCACUUCAUGCCCUCUGGUCCAACGUCUUGGUUCAACCUUCCUCGCAAAGGCGGUGUAGCCUAUGCCGCGCAAGAGUCCUGGGUUCAGAAUGAGACCAUUCGGGACAACAUUCUUUUCGGCGCACCCUACGACGAGAUUCGAUACAAGAAUGUCUUACAUCAGUGUGCUCUGGAGCGUGACCUUACUCUGUUCGAAGCGGGUGACAAAACAGAAGUCGGAGAAAAGGGUCUUACGCUAAGUGGCGGUCAGAAGGCACGAAUUACCCUGGCAAGAGCUAUAUAUUCUUCGGCACAAACGCUGCUGCUCGACGAUGUUUUGGCCGCUCUAGAUGUCCACACGUCCAAGUGGAUUGUAGACAAGUGUUUUGCUGGAGAUCUUGUCAGAGAUCGAACAGUCAUCCUUGUGUAUAGACUCAUAAUGUUGCUAUGGCGAGCUCUGUGGCGCACUUCGUUGUGUCUCUGGGUUCCAACGGACGCAUUGUCAGCCAGGGAUCGAUAUCCGAAGCCAUUGCGAAGGACCACAAUGUUUGCAGCGGAAAUGGCAAAAGAGCAAGAAGUCCUUGCUAAAGAGGCCGAGGUCGUCGACAACCCAGAAGAACCAAAAGCCGAUGCAAAGAAGUCCGACGGCAAGUUGGUGAUGUCUGAGGAAAUUGCAGAGGGUCAUGUUUCCUGGCCAGCUUUCAAGCUCUACCUGGCCGGCUUGGGGGGGAACUAUCCGAUGACGUUCUGGAUCGUGUUCUUGGUUUUGGUGUCGUUGUCGGACUUGGCCAACGUUGUGCAAACUUGGUAUCUUGGGUACUGGGCUUCUCAAUACGAAGAUUGUCUACCCUCAAAGGUCAAUGUUGUAUUCUAUCUCUCUGAAUACGCCUUGAUAAUGGUCGCUGGCUGUAUCGUGUAUGCGAUUGCGUAUUACAUGUACUAUUGGGGUUCAAUGCGGGCGUCACGAACCAUCCACAAGAAACUUGUCCAAUCUGUACUCGGCACAACGCUAAGAUGGCUAGACACGACACCUACAUCUCGAGUCAUCACCCGGUGCACACAGGACAUAAGAGCCAUUGAUGGUCCGUUUGCACAAGGAAUUGGUUGGGUCGUUGAACUUUCAAUAGCAAUGGUCGUGAAACUCGGAGCCAUCGUGUUCAUGACUCCUGUCUUCUUGGCGCCUGGUCUCUUUAUUGGCUUGCUAGGCGGAUGGGUCGGUCGCAUCUACAUGAAAGCUCAAUUAUCAGUCAAGCGAGAGAUGAGCAACGCGAAAGCACCGGUCCUUGGUCACUUCGGAGCUGCCAUCGCCGGACUUAGUGAGCGAUCCACGGAAUUGUAUGAUAUGCGAGAUGUCUCAUUCAUUCCACCUCCAGCAUCGAUUCGUGCGUAUGGCGCAGAGGAUGCAUUCAAACAAGAAUCUCUCGACCGCAUCGACCGUUACAGCAAAUCAGGGCGCAUAUUCUAUAACUUGAAUCGUUGGGUUUGUAUCCGUAUUGAUGCUAUCGGCGCUGCAUUCUCGGCUGGCCUUGCCGCUUAUCUUGUCUAUGGCCAUGGAAUACAGGAGGCGUCGAAUAUUGGGUUCUCUCUGAACAUGGCAGUCGGUUUCAGUUCAAUGAUCCUUUGGUGGGUUCGUAUUCUCAACGAUGUGGAAGUCAGCGGCAACAGUUUGGAGCGGAUCGAUAGUUAUAUCAAGAUUGAACAAGAGCCUAAGCCUACCACAAACGGCCACCCGCCUGCGUACUGGCCUGCAAGCGGUGAUCUCCGCGUAGAAAACCUGUCGGCCCGCUACUCAUCGGAUGGGCCAAAAGUUUUGCAGGAGCUGUCUUUCCACAUCAAAUCAGGCGAACGCGUGGGUGUCGUUGGGCGAACUGGAAGCGGAAAGAGUUCCUUGACGCUUUCGCUCCUUCGCUGCAUUUUCACAGAAGGCAAUGUUUACUAUGAUGGUAUUCCGACAAGCGCGAUCAAUUUGGACGCCCUGCGGUCCAAUGUGACCAUCAUACCUCAGAUCCCCGAGCUCCUGAGCGGAACCCUCCGUCAGAACCUGGAUCUCUUCGAUCAGCACGAUGAUGCGGUGCUUUACGAUGCUUUGCGAGCUGCCGGACUUUUCUCCGUCCAAGACGAGUCCGAGGAAGCGAGGCUGACGCUAGACAGUGCCAUCGCAAGUGGAGGAGGCAAUCUAUCAGUUGGUCAACGCCAGAUUUUAGCUCUGGCUAGAGCUAUGGUCAGAGGAAGCAAACUGCUUAUACUGGAUGAGGCAACUUCCGCUAUUGAUUAUAAAACCGAUUCAGCCAUCCAAUCUUCUCUCCGCAAUGAGCUGCGCGACGUGACCCAGAUUAUCGUUGCACAUCGGCUGCAGACGAUCAUUGAUGCCUGA